UUUCCUUCCUUCCAUGCGCGUGUGCAGUACGGGAGUUCAACUGCAGGGAUGCCUCGGUGCACAAUGCUAUCGUGUCUCUACGUGAGUGGUGCAUACAAUGCGUCUAUCACAACACCGGGUCUCUCUCCAUCUACGGUAGACAACAGAUGCAGUUUGGCUUCUACCAACAUAUGGGAUUGAUGAAGAAAACAUAACAAUCUUCCAAGAUAAACUUGCAUAGAGAGGACAGGGCCUAUACAGAGAGGACAUCAUGGACCGACGAACACUGCAGAGUAUCUUCUGGACAAGCACUAUUUAUCUCAUCGCUUUUCUCUAUAUGGUUUCCAUGGUAACAUGUCAUACGGCGCAGAGCAAGAACAUCAACCCACAUCACGAUAAUUCGGACCAGUCAAACAAAUUCAGAGAUCCAGAAUUCGUCAGAAAUAAAGAGCACGUCAAAGAACAUUUAGAAGGACAAGUUGAUACAGAAGAAAAGGAAAUGACGGACGAAGAACUUGAGUUCCACUACUUUAAAUUACAUGAUUUUGAUAAUAAUACUAAACUAGACGGUCUGGAGAUUAUGGCAGCUAUAAGUCACGUGGUACCGUUUGAACCUCCUGAAAAAGACAUGUCAAUAAUUCAAAUUGCAGAUGCAAGGGUAAAAUAUUUUGCCGGUAUCAUUGAUCAAGUAAUGUGGGAUGAUGACUUUAAUCAGGAUGGCUAUCUCACCUAUUUAGAAUACGUCUUGUCAAGACGACGACACCAAGAGGAUGAUUCCAAAGGAAUGUAAUUCUUCUUCGGGCCCACACCAAAGUUUAUGUUACUCAUCUUUAUCUUUUAUUUUUAACCAAAUCAUUUCUGUUCUAUGUUAUUUGUAUUUUUC